AUGCCUGAUACCUCACUGGAUAUUCAACAGAAUAUGCAUAUUUCACGAGACGAUAUGCAAAUUAUCCGUUUACCUGAGUUAUUUUUACCUCAAUUUGGAGAAUGUCCUACUUUUCAAAACUGCGCAAUUUCCUCCGAAUCUCCAGAACAAAUAUCUCAAGUCCUAAAUAAGCAUUUGUUGGAACGUAUUAACACUUUCGGACCCUUAACUGUAGCUGAAUAUAUGAAAGAAUGUUUAUCUAACCCACUAUAUGGUUAUUAUAAUACACAUAGUGUUUUCGGAAAAUCUGGAGAUUUUACCACUUCACCUGAAAUAUGUCAAAUCUUUGGUGAGUUGAUAGGUGUAUGGUUGCUGGAAGAAUGGAAAAGACAAAACAGCCCUAAACACCUACAACUCGUCGAACUUGGUCCAGGACGUGGCACACUUUGCUCUGAUAUACUAAGGGUUUUUUCCAAAUUCCCAGACAUAUAUUCAACAUUAUCAAUACACUUAGUUGAAAUAAGUCAAUCAAUGCAACAGACUCAAAAGCAAACAAUGGAAAAAACUGUGUCAUGUUUAGAUAAUAAACCUCCACCUAUAUUUUGGCAUACUGACUUACGCCAAGUUCCUGAAAAGUUCUCAUUUUUUAUAGGUCACGAAUUUUUCGAUGUGCUUCCAGUUCAUUGUUUUCAGAAACAUGAAGGAAAAUGGCACGAAGUUUUAGUUAGCUCCAUGAUGAAUUCUAAUAGCUUAUGUUUUGUACGUUCAAGCACAAAAACUCCAGCAUCAAUAGCAUAUCUUCCGUUAGUUCCUAAUCUGUCGAACCGAAACUCUGUGGAAAUCUGUCCUGAUAUGAUAUGUAUCACACAGUUAUUAUGCAAACGAAUUAAUAAAACGGGUGGUAGUGCACUGUUGAUUGAUUAUGGUCAUGAAGGUGAAAAAGGUGAUACAUUUCGUGGUUUUCAUAAACAUUCAGUUUGUGAUCCUCUCAUCAAUCCUGGUCACACUGAUCUAACAUGUGAUGUUGAUUUAGUAUUUUAUGUCAAGCAGUCAAAAACUCUGAUGCUAAAGUCAAACUUCAUGGCCCUGUAA